AUGCUCACGUCCAGCAGUCAGUACCUGAGACCGGAUUACCUGUCGCCGCUGCCCACCACGCUCGACGCGAAAAAGAGCCCGUUGGCACUGCUAGCGCAGACCUGCAGCGCGAUCGGUGCGGACUCGCCCAACCCGAAACUGAUCUCCGCCGCGGAGAAGGCCAGCAAGAAGUACGAGGAGAAGACCACAGCGCACAUGGACAGCAAGCCGAGCUUCAAGCCGUACGAGUCGUGCCUUACGGCAAGGGAGAAGACCAGAACACCGGAGGACAGGUCCUCGGCAAACGCGCACUCGAAGACACCACUUUCGUCGAAAGGUAGCGCCUCCACGACCCCCGUGCAGGCGCGUUGCAGCAGCAACCAAAGCUCCUCAUCACAGCGGACGUCGCCGCCGACGCAUCGUAAAACUCCUUCGGAAAAAUCCGACGAGCGAUCCAGCCCUCUGCAUUCGCCCGCUCCGGCAAAAUCUAAUUCGGAUUCGACAAGUUCGGCAUCGAAGUUACCCUAUAUACCGACGUCUUUAACGUCCAGCGCCGAUACCAAAGAACACUCAAGCUUCAAACCAAGUGUACCUGUUACUUCGUCGGCCUUUCUCGGUGGUCUGCCUCCAAGCGGCUUUCCUCUCCCAAUGGAUUUAAUGACGAGCAGUCUCAUGGCGGCGCAGCAUCACGCCCUGAAGAACGGUCUAAAUCCUUACCUCGCGUACGCAAGGAUGAAGGCUCCUGGAAGCGAUUUGGGGAUAUGCAGAGACCCGUAUUGCACGGGAUGCUCCUUAAGUUCACAUUUACUCAAAUCGGCAGUGUGCCCGGCCGGUUGCGCGCAGUGUGACCACGCCAAAACACCGUUCCCCCUACCCACUAGUCACCCGGCGGCCGCCGCGUAUGCGCACGCUCAGCUCGCGGCAUUGGCCGCCGCGUCGCAGCUGCCAUUCGUGUGUAGUUGGAUGGCGGGCGACUCGGCGUACUGCGGGAAGCGGUUCGCCACAUCGGACGAGUUGCUGCAGCACCUCAGGUCGCACACGGCGAGUGGUGAAUCGAGCCCCAGCCUGUCGAUGCUGAGCGCGACGCACCCCCUGCUGCAAAGGACGUACCCAACGCCGCCGCUGUCGCCGCUCACGCCGAGGUUCCACCCGUACAGCAAGCCGUCACACUUGGUGUCGUCGCCGCCGCUGCCGUUCCCCCUGCCGCCGCACCCAUCGCUCGCGGCCUACUUCCCAUCCUACCCGCUGUUCGGGCCGCGGCCUCUGCACCCU